AUGAAGAGCCCGCAGGUCAUCCGAGGAUCACCAACCCUGCUGCUGCUGCUGUUGACAGGGGUUUGCAUUGACGCAUACAGACCUGUUGUCAUCGUGCAUGGUCUUUUUCAGGGACCUGAACCAUUCAAAAAGCUCGUUCAGUAUAUAACCAAGGCGCAUCCAGGCACUAAGGUGAAAGUGAUUAGCCUGUAUAACAACGAAAACAGUCUGAGGCCAUUGUGGAGGCAGGUCCAAGACUUCAGGAAAGCCAUUGAUCCCAUCAUGCGAAAGGCUCCUAAUGGCAUCCAUCUUCUGUGCUAUUCACAAGGUGGUCUAAUUUGUCGUGCACUUCUCUCCAGGACUCCGUACCACAACGUGCACUCUUUCAUCUCGCUGGCAUCACCACAGGCUGGGCAAUAUGGAAUCACAGGCUACCUGAAGCAGGUAUUUCCUGUCAUGUUAAGGAAGAUAGUGUUUCACAUUUGCUACACCAGAUUGGGACAGAAACUGUCUAUCUGCAACUUCUGGAACGAUCCUCACCACAGGUCCCGCUACUUCCAGAAGAACAUCUUUCUGCCACAGCUCGAUGGUGACAAACCUCACAAGUACAUGAAAGCAUGGAGAAAAAACUUCCUGCGCAUCAAGAAACUUGUGCUGAUUGGAGGACCAGAUGAUGGCGUCAUCACACCGUGGCAGUCCAGCCUGUUUGGAUUCUAUGACAGCAGAGAACAUGUUGUGCAAAUGAUGAACGAGCAGUUUUACAAGGAGGAUACGUUUGGACUGAAGACGCUGAACGCUCGUGGAGGUGUGUCGACUUGUGUUCUACCUGGCGUGGAGCACUCUUACUGGUACUCCAGCUCCGAAGUGUUCAGGAGGUGCAUAAAGAAAUGGCUCACUUGAAAACAAUACACCCACAGAGGGUACUGAAUGCUUGUGCAAAGCAUGAGCAAUGAUUUUAGAAAGACAAGAAAAAGGCUAUCAUUUAUUUCCAUUAUUAUCUAUACUCGCUUAUCUUUUUUCAGGGUCACAGGGGGCUGGAGCCUAUCAAAGCUCAGGUCUGGUCUGUCACAGAGCUGACAGACUGACACAUACAGACAGAAAACCAUUCAC